AUGAAGCUCAAACGCGCAAAGGCAUACAAGAAGCUGCUCCACCAGUACGAGCUCAACUUUGGGUUCCGCGAACCCUACCAAGUCCUCCUCGACUCGCAGGUCCUGCAAGAUGCCUACAAAUUCAAAAUCGACCUCGUGGGCCGUCUCGAGAAACUUCUGCAGGGAAAAGUGAAGCCCAUGAUCACCACCUGCGACAUGCGCCACCUCUACCUGGCAAAGCCCAAGAACGAAACCCUCAUCCUCCAAGCGAAAGAAUACGAGCGCCGUCGCUGCGGACACCACGAGCUCGAAACACCCCUGUCCUCGCUCGAAUGUCUGUCGUCGGUUGUCGAUCCAAAGGGCAGCCACACCAACAAGAACCGGUACAUUGUCGCAUCCAACGAGCGCGAAGUGCGCGUGCACAUGCGCCGAAUCGCCGGUGUGCCGCUGAUAUACAUCUCCAAGUCGGUCGUCCUGAUGGAGCCCAUGGCGAAUGCGACGGAGCAGCUGCGCGAGCAGGAAGAAAAGUCAAAAUUUAAGCAGGGACUCAAGGGGCAGCGGAAACCAGAUGCAGGAGAAAAGCGGAAACGCGAUGGAGAGGAAGGGGAGGGCGAACAGUCUAUUACAGGCGAGCCUACAGAGGAUGCGAGGGCGCAGAAGAAGAAACGGCAGAAGGGACCCAAGGGCCCUAACCCACUUAGUGUGAAGAAAACGAAGAAGGAGCAGGAUGUGCCGCCAUCUGGCUCUACCAAGAAGGCUAAAUCCUCUGAAGCGAAAGAAUCGCAUCCUACAGAUGCGCCCGCUGAAACGAUCCCAGAUGACGAAGGUGCUGGGCCUCGCAAGAGGAAGCGCAAGCACAAGCCCAAGGGCGUUGCAGCUGCUGAGGAGGGAGACGCUGCUUCUCCAUGA